AUGCUGGGUUCGAAGGCAUGGGAACCCACAGCGGCACACAAGGAGCUCGUCCAGCGAUUGAAGGAUCCCACCCUGCUCAAGAGCCAGUCCUUCAUCGGAGGCAGCUGGGUGGACGCCAGCGAUGAGGAGCGCAUCGAUGUGCACGACCCCGCCACAGGGGAGACCCUGGCCUCACUGUCCCACUGCAAGGGCAGCGAGACGCGUGCCGCCAUCGCCGAGGCCUCCUCCGUCUUCAAGUCCUGGGCUGCAAAGACAGGGAAGGAGCGGUCGCAGAUCCUCAGGAAGUGGUUUGAGCUGGUGCGCGACAACCAGGAGGACAUCACCACACUGAUGACCCUGGAGUGCGGGAAGCCCCUGGCCCAGUCAAAGGGGGAGUUUGAGAGCGGGAUCUCCACCAUGGAGUGGUGCGCCGAGGAAGCCAAGCGCGUGGACGGCGACGUGAUCUGCACGCCCGCCGCCUCCAAGCGCUUCCUGGUGGUGAGGCAGCCGGUGGGCGUCGUGGGCGCCAUCACGCCCUGGAACUUCCCCUUCUCCAUGAUCACGCGCAAGGUGUCGCCCGCCCUGGCGGCCGGAUGCACGGUGGUGCUGAAGCCCAGCGAGCUGACGCCGCUCACCGCCCUGGCCCUGGCCGAGCUGGCGGAUCGGGCCGGCAUGCCGCGCGGCGUGCUCAACAUCGUGGUGGGGGAUGCCAAGAGCAUCGGGGACGAGCUCGUGAAGAGCGAUGACGUGCGCAAGAUCGCCUUUACAGGGUCCACCCGCGUGGGCAAGCUGCUCAUGGCGGGGUCUGCGGCCACGAUGAAGAAGGUGUCCAUGGAGCUCGGGGGAAAUGCGCCCUUCAUCGUCUUCCAGGACGCAGACCUGGCCCAGGCCGCGGCGGCGGUGACGACGUCGUCCUACCGCAAUGCCGGCCAAACCUGCAUCUGCACCAACCGCGUCUUUGUGCACCCCCCUGCCUCGCGCACGCUGUCCCUGAUGGUCCAGGAGUCUGUGCACGACGACUUUGUGAAGGAGCUGGUGGAAGCAGUGCAGAAGCUGCGCGUGGGCGCCGGCAUGGACGCGGCGACCACCCACGGCCCGCUCAUCCAGCACUCUGCCGUCGAGACGGUGGAGGCCAAGGUGCAGGACGCCAUCUCCAAGGGGGCAACUGUGGCUGUCGGGGGGAAGCGUCCAGAGUAUGACGCCAGCCACCCUCUGAGCAAGGGCAGCUUCUACGAGCCAACCGUGCUGACAGGCAUGCUGAGGGCGACCAUCGACAUGCGCUGCUUCCGCGAGGAGAUGUUUGGCCCCGUAACCCCGGUGUUCAAGUUCUCUACCGACGAGGAGGCCAUCCAGAUGGCAAACACCACCGAGUACGGCCUGGCUGCCUACUUCUACACCAAGGACCUGGCCAGGGCAUGGAAGACGGCCGAGGCCCUGGAGUUUGGGAUGGUGGGUGUGAACGAGGUGGCCAUCACCUCGGAUGUUGCCCCCUUCGGAGGGGUCAAGCACUCCGGCCAGGGCAGGGAGGAGUCCAAGUAUGCACUGGACGGCUUCCUGGACAUGAAGACCGUGUGCAUGGGCCUGGGGUACUGA